AUGAUACUAACAGGAUACCAUACUUUACCCCAAAUGGACUGCUACUGGAGUAAAGAUGAAGAUAAAGAAGUAACUUUAAUAAAUUUUCAAAGUUGCGUCCUUUUUUUCGAUUUAUUGAAUCAAAAGUUUGUUCAGUUUGGUAUUUUUGCUCAUAAUUUGUCAAUAGACGAAGAAAUGGUACCAUACUUUGGUCGGCAUUCAUGUAAAAUGUUUAUUAGAGGAAAACCAGUUCGUUUUGGCUUCAAGUUAUGGUGUUUAACUUCUGAAAAUGGUUACUUAUUUCAGUUUUCACCUUAUGGUGGUUCUAGUACCAAACGAAUAGAAGGUUUGCCAUUAGGCUCAGAAGUUGUAUUCAAUCUUUUGGAGUCUGUUGAAAAUCCAAACUUGCAUAAAGUAUUUUUCGAUAACUUUUUUACUAGUUAUUCUCUAAUGGCUAUGCUAAGAGAAAAAGGAUUCUUUGCGACAGGCACUGUGAGAGAAAAUCGCAUUGGUAAUUGUAAAUUAAAAUCUGUCAAACUGUUGGGAAAAGAAUGUAAAGGAACAUUUGACUUUGCUUUUGAAAAAAAAAAUGAAAUUUGCGCAGUUCGAUGGAAUGACAAUUCAGUUGUGACGGUCUUGACUAACGUUGGUGCAAUUAAUCCAUUAGUAAUCGCAAAACGUUAUAAUAGAAAAGAAAAAAAAACUGUCAAUGUCCAGCAACCUAACGUGAUUCAGGAUUACAAUAAAAACAUGGGUGGCGUUGAUCUGCAUGAUAAUGGUAUAGCAAAUUACAGGAUUAGAGUCAAAGGGAAAAAAUGGUGGUGGCCACUUUUUAGCAACGCAGUAGACAGUGCAGUGGUCAAUUCAUGGAAGUUUUAUAAUUUGGUAAAUGGUGAAAAAAGUUCACAAUUUGACUACAGAUCAAAACUUGUUUUGAGUUUGUUAAAAUCAUCAUCUAAAAAUAAAAAUGAAGAAACUAUCAAUGAGUCUGCAGUAUCCAUUACCAACACAAAUUUGGGUCGGCCUUCGAAAAAUGCUCUACCUACAGCUAUAAGAAAGGACGAUAUUGGUCAUCUCAUUAUUCGAAAAAAUGAAAGAAGAAGAUGUCGCAAUUGUCAAUCACAAACAAUUUAUUCAUGCAAAAAGUGCAAUGUUUUUCUACAUCCAGAUUGUUUUCAAGAAUUCCAUGAAAAGUAA